GGACCGGGAUCGGGAUCGGGAUCGGGAUCGGGACCGGCGGCACCGGGAGCCCCCCCACGCCCCCCCCCAACGCGCCCAAUGGCGGCCGAGGUGGACAACAUGGAGCAGCAGAACAACAACACCAGCCCCUGGGAGGACCCCGCGGGCCCGGCCAAGCUCUUCGAGUGCUCCCGGAUCAAGGCCUUGGCUGACGAGCGGGACGCGGUGCAGAAGAAGACCUUCACCAAGUGGGUGAACUCGCACCUCGCGCGCGUCUCCUGCCACAUCGGGGACCUCUACAGCGACCUGCGCGACGGCUUCGUGCUCACGCGCCUGCUCGAGGUGCUCUCCGGGGAGCAGCUGCCCAAGCCGACGCGGGGCCGGAUGCGCAUCCACUCCUUGGAGAACGUGGACAAGGCGCUGCAGUUCCUCAAGGAGCAGCGCGUGCACCUGGAGAACGUGGGCUCCCACGACAUCGUGGACGGGAACCACCGCCUCACCCUGGGGCUCAUCUGGACCAUCAUCCUGCGCUUCCAGAUCCAGGUCAUCAAGAUCAAGACCGAGGACAACCGGGAGACGCGCUCGGCCAAGGACGCGCUGCUGCUCUGGUGCCAGAUGAAGACGGCCGGCUACCCCGAGGUGAACAUCCAGAACUUCACCACGAGCUGGAGGGACGGGUUGGCCUUCAAUGCCCUCAUCCACAAGCACAGGCCGGAUCUCAUCGACUUCCACAAGCUCACCAAGUCCAACGCCACCUACAACCUCCAACAGGCCUUCAACACCGCGGAGCAGCAGCUGGGGCUCAGCAAGCUGCUAGACCCCGAGGACGUCAACAUGGAGGACCCCGAUGAGAAGUCCAUCAUCACCUAUGUAGUGUCCUUCUACCACUACUUCUCCAAGAUGAAGGCACUGGCGGUGGAGGGGAAGCGCAUCGGGAAGGUCCUGGACCAGGCCAUGGAGAUCGAGGCCAUUAUGGAGCGCUACGAGGUGCUGGCGGCCGAGCUGCUGGCCUGGAUCCACCACACCAUCACCAUCAUCAGCAACCAGAAGUUCGCCAACUCCUUGACGGGGGUGCAGCAGCAGCUCCAGGCCUUCACCGCCUUCUGCACGCUGGAGAAGCCCGUCAAGUUCCAGGAGAAGGGCAACCUGGAGGUGCUGCUCUUCACCAUCCAGAGCAAGCUCCGCGCCACCAACCGCCGGCUCUACGUGCCCAGCGAGGGCAAGAGCAUCUCGGACAUCAACAAGGCCUGGAGCUGCUUGGAGAAGGCAGAACAUGAGCGGGAGGUGGCGCUGCGCGAGGAGCUCAUCCGGCAGGAGAAGCUGGAGCUCCUGGCGCAGCGCUUCGACCAUAAGGUGGCCAUGAGGGAAACGUGGCUGCAGGAGAACCAGCGCCUCGUCUCGCAGGACAACUUCGGCUACGACCUGCCGGCAGUGGAGGCGGCCAUGAAGAAGCACGAGGCCAUCGAGGCCGACAUCUCGUCCUACCACGAGCGCAUCCAGGCCGUGGUGGACCUGGCGCUGGAGGUGGCCUCCGGUGGCUACUACGACACGCGGCGCAUCAGCGCGCAGAAGGACAACGUGCUGCGGCAAUGGGGGCUGCUGGGGGAGCUGCUGCGCGCCCGUCGCGCCCGCCUCGAGCAGAACCUGGCCCUGCAGAAGAUCUUCCAGGAGAUGGUCUACAUGAUCGACUGGAUGGAGGAGAUGCAGGGGCUGCUGGUGUCCAAGGAGCUGGGGAAGCAUCUGCUGGAGGUGGAGGACCUGCUGCAGAAGCAGGGGCUGCUGGAGGCUGACAUCAGCGCCCAGAGCGAGCGGGUGCAGGCGCUCAACGUGGCCGCCCUCAAGUUCUCCGAGCUGGAGGGCUACCAACCCUGCGACCCACAGAUCAUCUGCAACCGCGUCAACCACGUGCAGACCUGCCUGGAGGAGCUGCGGGACCUGGCGGGCAAGAGGCGCCGGGAGCUGGAGGACUCGCGCCAGCUUUGGGCUUUCUUCCAGGAGAUGGAGGAAGCCGAGGCCUGGAUCCGUGAGAAGGAGCAGAUCUUGGCCACCAAAACGUGUGGCCGGGACCUGAGCAGCGUCUUGACCCUGACCAAGAAGCACAAGAGCAUGUUGGGCGAGCUGGGCAGCCGCCGCGCACUGCUGCACCAAAGCAUGAAGAAGGGCGAGCAGAUCCUGGCCAAGAAGAGCUUCAGCAUCGGUGGCAUCCAGGAGAAGAUGCGGGAGGUUUGGCUCCGCUGGAAGAAGCUGGAGGAGGUGACGGGGCUUCACCAGCAACGCCUGCAGGAGGCCCUCAACUUCUUCCAGUUCAGCGCCGAGACGGACGACCUGGUGGCCUGGCUGCAGGACACGUACCGCAUCGUGUCCAGCGAUGACUUUGGCCACGAUGACUACUCCAGCCAAGCCCUGCUGCGGAAGCACCGCGCCGUGGUGGAGGAGGUGGAGAAGCACCGCGUGGCCGUGGUGGCCCUUCGCAAGCAGUUGGCCUUGUUGGCGCCCGAGCAUCGCCAAGGGGUGGACGUGCAGAUCCGGGUGGUGGAGGUGGAGCAGCUCUAUGGGGAGGUGGCCGAGGUGGCCGUGCUGCGGCAGCAGUGGCUGCAGGACGCGUUGGCUGUCUAUAGGAUGUUCAGCGAGGUCCAUGCCUGCGAGGUCUGGGUGGACGAGAAGGAGCAGUGGUUGGAGAGGAUGGUGGUGCCGGAGGAGCUGGAUGAGGUGGAGGUGGUCCAGCACAGGUUCGAGAGCCUGGACCAGGAGAUGAACAGCGUCAUGGGCCGCAUCCUGGACGUCAACCAAGUGGUGCAGCAGUUGGUGGAUGGCGGCCACCCCAGCUCCGAGGAGGUCCGCUCCUGCCAGGACCACCUCAACAGCAGGUGGAACCGGGUGGUGGAGCUGGUGGAGAGCAAGAAGAGCCAACUGAGCUCCGUGCUGAAGAUCCAGAACUACCUCCUGGAGUGCAGCGAGAUGAAGGCUCAAGUGAGGGAGAAGAGGAAGGCGAUCGAGGCCACCCGCUCGGGCGGCGGCGACCUGGGCGGCGUGUUGGCCCUGCAGCGCCGUCUCUCCACCAUGGAGGCAGCGCUGGUGGUGCUGGAGCCCCGGCUGGUGGAGCUGCAGCAGGAAGGAGAAGCUUUGGCUGCCUCCCACCCGGGGCGAGCGUUGGAGAUCCUGCUGCCCUUCGAGCAGAUCCAUGAGGAAUGGGAGGCGCUCAAGCGGGUGCUGCAGGGCUGCGAGGACUCGCUGACCAUCGCCGGCCGCCUCCAGCAGUUCAUCCAAGACCUGGACACCUUCUUGGGCUGGUUGGUGAAGACCCAAGCGGCCGUGGCCUGCGAGGAGGUGCCGAGCAGCUUGGCCGAGGCGGAGCGGCUGCUGAGCCAACACGUGGCCCUCAAGGAGGAGAUCAAUGGCUACGAGGAGGACUAUGCCCGCAUCCAGGCUGCCAGCGACCUGCUGGCGCUGGAGGAGACCGACGUGCCCAACCUCUCGUUGCAGCAGUGGCUGCAGAAGCUGGACGCGGGUUGGGCCAAGCUGCUGCGGAGCUGGGAGACGCGCCAGGACGCGCUGGUCCAAGCCCACGUCUUCCAGCUCUUCCUGCGGGAUGUCCAACAGUGUGAGACCACCCUCUGCAACCAGGAGGCAGCGCUGCUCAGCGCCCAGCUGCCUACCACGGUGGAAGGGGUCACCAACGCCAUCAAGAAGCACAAGGACUUCAGCACCACCAUGGAGCUCAACAUGCAGAAGGUCCAAGCGGCUCUGCAGGCCGGGGAGAGCCUCCAGCGCCAGGGCAACCUCUACAGCGAGCACGUGGCCGAGGCCAUGGAGCGCCUCCGCGCCAAGAGCCACCACAACCGGGAGCUGGCGCAGGAGCGGGCGCAGCGGCUCCAGGACCACCUCGAGCUGCAGCAGUUCCUCCAGGAGUGCCACCAGCUGGAUGAGUGGAUCCGGGAGAAGGUGCUGAUGGCCGGGGACCCCCCCCGGGACCCCCCCAAACCCUGGAUGAGGCAUCAGAGCUUCUUGGCCGAGCUGGCGCAGAGCAAAGAGUGGCUGGAGAAGAUUGAGAAGGAGGGGGAAGCGCUGCUCCAGGCCAAGCCCGAGUGCGCGGCCGCGGUGCGGCGGCAGCUGGAGGAGCUGCGGCAGCGCUGGGCGGAGCUGGAGGCUUCGAGCCGGGCGCGGAGCCGCCGCUUGGCCGAGGCGGCCGCCGCCGAGCGCCUGGCGCGGAGCUACGCGGCGAUGGAGGCGCGGCUCGGCCGCCUGGAGCAGCAGCUCGACAGCGCGGCACCGGCCCGGGACCUGCGCGGGGUGCGCAGCCAGCUCCAGCGCCUGCAGACGAUGGAGACGCAGGUCCAGGAGUGGUGCCAGGAGGUGGGGCAGCUGCAGGCCCAGGCUGCGGCGCUGCCGGCGCCCGCGGUGGCCGAGCGGCAGAACGCGGUGGGCACCCGCAUCGUGCGCCUCAUCGAGCCCCUCAAGGAGCGCCGGAGGAUCCUCCUGGCCUCCAAAGAGGUCCAUCAGGUCAGCCACGAGCUGGAGGAUGAGAUGCUGUGGGUGCAGGACCGCCUGCCCCUGGCCACGCUGAAGGAGCACGGCACCAACCUGCAGACGGUGCAGCAGUUCAUCAAGAAGAACCAGAACCUGCGCCGGGAGAUCCAGGUCCACCGGCCGCGCGUGGACGAGGUGCUGGAGCGCGCCGGCGCCGUGGCCUCCAUCCGCAGCCCCGAGGCCGAGGGUGUCCGGCGGCUCCUGGAGCGCCUGGGCUCCAUGUGGGGCGAGCUGCAGGAGCAGGCGGAGCGGCGGCAGCAAGCCCUGGACGCCACCUUCCAGCUGGAGCAGUACUACUGCGACGUGGCCGAGGUGGAGUCGUGGCUGGGCGAGCAGGAGCUGCUCCUCAUGAGCGAUGACAAGGGCAAGGACGAGCAGAGCACCCUCCAGCUCCUCAAGAAGCACCUUCUGACCGAGCAGACAGUGGAGAACUACGAGGAGACCAUCGCCCAACUGUCGCGCCAAUGCCGGGCCCUGCUGGAGCUCGGUCACCCCCAAAGCGAACAGGUCAGCAGGCGGCAGUCGCAGGUUGACCGGCUGUACGUGUCUCUGAAGGACCUGGUGGAGGAGCGCAAGGCCAAGCUGGAGCAGCAGUACUGGCUCUACCAGCUCAACCGCGAGGUGGACGAGCUGGAGCAUUGGAUCGCCGAGAAGGAGGUGGUGGCCGGGUCACCGGAGCUGGGGCAGGACUUCGAGCACGUCACCCUUCUGCAGGAGAAGUUCCUGGAGUUCGCCAGCGAGACGGGCAGCGUGGGGCAGGAGCGCAUCGCCGCGCUCAACCAGAUGGUGGACGAGCUCAUCGACUACGGCCACGCCGACGCCGCCACCAUCGCCGAGUGGAAGGACGGCGUCAACGAGGCUUGGGCCGAGCUGCUGGAGCUGAUGGAGACGCGGGCGCAGAUGCUGGCGGCGUCCCACGAGCUCCACAAGUUCUUCAACGACUGCAAAGAGGUGCUGGGGCAGAUCGAGGAGAAGCGGCAGCGGUUGCCGGAGCUGGCGGCGCGCGAGGGCAGGACCUCAGCCAGCGCCUUGCAGCGGGCGCUCGGCGCCUUCGAGCACGACGUGGAGGUGCUGGUGAGCCAGGUCCGGCGGCUGCAGGAGGCGGCGGCGCAGCUCCGCACGCUCUACGCCGGCGACAACGCCGAGGCCAUCGCGGCGCGGGAGCAGGAGGUGCUGCGCGCGUGGAAGGAGCUGCUGGCGGCGUGCGAGGAGUGUCGGCUCCACGUCGCCAGCGUCGCCGACAGGAUCCGCUUCGUGGGCGCCGUCAGGGACCUCCUGGCGUGGAUGGACGGGGUCCUGCAGCAGAUGGGCGCUGGGGAGAAGCCCAGGGAUGUCUCCUCGGUGGAGCUGCUGAUGAACGACCACCAAAGCCUCAAGAACGAGAUCGAAGCUCGUGCCAAGAGCAUCUCCAGCUGCCUGGAGCUGGGCAAGAGCCUCAUCCUCAGCAAGAGCCCAGCGGCCUAUGAGAUCAAGGCCCACGUGGAGAAGCUGCUCGUGAAGAAGAAGGAGAUGCUGGAGACGUGGGACAAGCACUGGGAGUGGCUGCAGCAGAUGCUGGAGGUGCACCAGUUCGCGCAGGAGGCCGUGGUGGCCGACGCGUGGCUGACGGCGCAGGAGCCGCUGCUCCGGAGCCAGGAGCUGGGCAGCAGCGUGGAUGAGGUGGAGCAGCUCAUCCGGCGCCACGAGGCCUUUCGUAAGGCGGCGGCUGCCUGGGAGGAGAAGUUCAGCUCCCUGAGGAGACUCACCACGAUCGAGAAGCUCCGCGCGGAGCAGAACAAGCAGCCGCCGACCCCUCUAUUGAGCCGCAAAUUCCCGGGGGACCCCCCGGGGGGCCCAACGGCGCCGCCGCCGCCGCCGCCGCCGGGACCGGACGGGCCGGAGCCGCGUGUGGGGCUGGUGCGCCAGGAGCUGCGGCCCGAGCGGCUGCAGCCGCAGCGCGACCGCGUCCAGGGUCCGCCGGGGGGCACGGAGCCCGCUCCCGCCGCCGCCGCCGCUCCCUCCGGUGACCCCCCAGCGGAGCCCGCGGCGCCUCCCCCGGCCGAGGCGGCGGCCGAGGCGCGGCCGGGGCUGCUGGAGCGGCGGCGGGAGCGGCGGGAGCGGCGCCUGGAGCGGCAGGAGUCCAGCGAGCCCGAGCCGCCGCGCCCCGACGGCAAAGGCAAAGCCACCCUGGCCGACAUCGUGGAGCAACUACAGGAGAAGGAGGCGGGUGGCCCCGGCCCGGCUUCGCCGCGGGACCGGGACCCCCCGCGCCUGCCCCCUGGAGUGGAGGCACUGUCGGAGCGGCCGCCACGUCCCGACCGGCCCCGCGCCCGCGACCGGCCUCGACCGCGGCGGCGGCCCCGGCCCAAGGACCCGGCGCAGGGCCCCGGGGAGCCGCGGCGCUCGCGGUCGGCCCCGGCGCAGGGCAGCAGCGCCCCGGCCCCGCCGCCACCCCCCAGCCACACCGUCACCCACGAGGGCUUCCUGCUGCGCAAGCACGAGCAGGACGGGCCCAAGAAGGCCUCCAACAGGUCUUGGGUGAACCUCUACUGUGUCCUGAGCAAGGGGGACCUGGGCUUCUACAAGGACGCGAAGGGCCCGGCCUCGGGCAGCACCCACGGUGGGGAACCGCUGCUCAACCUGCACCACGCCACCAGCGAGGUGGCCAGCGACUACAAGAAGAAGAAGAACGUCUUCAAGCUCAAGACCAGUGAUGGGAGCGAGUUCCUCCUGCAAGCCAAGGAUGAGGAGGACAUGCGGGGCUGGCUGCGCGCUCUCGCCGCCUGCGCGCAGGAGCACCAGGAGGUGGCGCGGUGGCACCAGGCUCUCACCACCUCCUCCACCGACGAGGGCCCCCCCCGGCGGGACGGCGACCGGCGCCCCAGCGCCUCGGGCCGGCGGAAGUGACACCCCCCCCCCAUGGGGACCCCCCAACUCACAUCAGGACUCACCCAACAGGGUCGGGGGGGGGGUUUGGGGAUCCCCCCCCUCACUUUGUGACCCAUGGGAGGGGGAUGGGAAUAGGGUGACCCCCCCCUCCUCAAUUCCUCCCCCCCCCCAUCCCUGGGGUCCCCUGCCUCGGCCCCCCCUUUUCCCAUGCACAAGCCAUAGAGCCGGGGGGGGUCCCCAAUACCCCGAGGGGACCCCGUCACCUUUGGGGGGGGUCCCCAUCACUUUUGGAGGGGUGUCCCCAUCACCCCGGGGUACCCCACAUUUGACACUGGGGGGAGGAGACACAUAGAGCCAUGGGGGGGAGGACAGAGCCAUGGGGGGGCCCCCCCAAAAUUGGGGGGGGGGGAGGCAGAGGUUGUAUUUGUAUAGAAUGUACCAAAAAGCAGGAAUAUAACCCCAAAAUACACCCCCACGCCCCCAACCACUUGCCCCCCCCCCCCCCGGACCCACCCCCCCCCCCAAACUCUGGGGUCCCCCCCUCGCUGUGACUGUAAAAAUGUAAUAAACCCCCCACUGCACCCCCCGCACCCCAAAUAAAGGAGCAGGAUAGAGCCUG